AUGGCAUCUCUAGGGCCUGCAGUGUCCUCCCUACGCUCCUCAUUGUCGUUGCUGGAUUCUAGCAUAUCGAUUCUUGACGAAGGAGUCUCUGAUUUUCCCCGCUUGUGCAGAGUCCUGCAAACCCAACAACAUUUUGAACUCCUCGCCGAACCAACCCUGCGAGAAGCUCAACAAUCCCUGGUCGAUGAAAUUGUACCCGCCAUACACCAGCUUGUGUCCACCGCCGAGAGGCACAUCGAUCAACUCGCCCGGAAGGAGGAGAGUCUCAAAGCGCGGUCCGAACUCUUGAAAGGACGGUUGAACAAUAGCCGACGGAGUUCGAGUUUUGGUGGAGAUGGUAUCCAGCCUUCCCGGACGUCCGAGUCCACCUCGUCCGCGGUACUCAGUGACACGAAAAUGCUGGAGAUGAAACGCCUACAGCAGAAGAAAGAAAGACUACAGUACGCCAUUGAAAGAUUGGAGCUCCAGGGCAAACAGAGAGAAAGAGAAUUGAGGAAAAGCAUGGCCUUCGUGAGUGAUUGA